CGGAAAUUAAUAAGACGUACAAAAAAUCAGAAUUUUUAUUAUUUAUUAUAUAUGCACCACUAUAUGAGAUUUAAUCCACUUUUGGCUUACAAGAUGACAACAACAGACAACAAAUUGAAACAGAGUACAGUCCACGAUGAGGACGGUAUUCUGGAGCUGGACGCGGACAAGGUAACUUUGGUGGCCGAUACAUUCAGCAAGGUGGAGAUGUACCUGCAAUCUGACACAAAGCGGGGCUAUGUCAAGCUUAACGCGCCCGGCCUCUACAGUUUUCAAAUGCCUGAUCACCCUGACGGUGACCGUGAGAGCACCACACACAACGAGGAUGAUGAUUCAACGCUGACUGACAGUUGGACAAAGGAGAGCGUGGACGAGAUCAAUUUAAUUAACGAGGAUGACGAGGCGCAGCUCGGAGUUAUCCAAAGAGACGAAGAGACUGGCGAGAUGUAUAUACUGAUGCCCCUAGAAGUGGACGUGCUGCUCCAUCCCGAGUCAAGUGUAAUGAGCGAGCAGCCUUCAAGUCUCACCACGGUCGACUCCUCGACGACCAUUGCUGGCAUAAGUGAUGAGGACGAGGAGGACGCGUCGCAGACGACGCUGACAGAGAAUCCCCGGCCUCUCAAUGUGUUGCAUGCCGAUCAGGCAGGUCGAGAAAUACUAUGCGAACACGAAGUAUGCAGAUUUGUGGUGCCGAAGAUGAGCCUCAAGUUUAAGCUGACACUCCAAGUUGGAGAGCCAAAUGAUGGAGAAGAAAUAUGGGACUAGAAAUAAUGUUAUCCUACGAACAAAAUUCGCUACAUGUAGCUGCCAUUUACUCUACCUAAGCCCUCAAGCCUAAACAACCAUUUUGCUGAUUUUAGUUGAUAAAUUUAGUGUUUAGAGUACUGUGAACUUUUU